AUGGGGCUCCCGGCGCUGCUGGCCAGCGCGCUCUGCACCUUCGUGCUGCCGCUGCUGCUCUUCCUGGCCGCCAUCAAGCUCUGGGACCUGUACUGCGUGAGCAGCCGCGACCGCAGCUGCGCCCUGCCCCUGCCCCCUGGGACCAUGGGCUUCCCAUUCUUUGGGGAAACACUGCAGAUGGUGCUGCAGCGGAGGAAGUUCCUGCAGAUGAAGCGCAGGAAAUACGGCUUCAUCUACAAGACGCAUCUGUUUGGGCGGCCCACUGUGCGGGUGAUGGGCGCGGACAACGUGCGGCGCAUCCUGCUCGGAGAGCACCGGCUUGUGUCGGUGCACUGGCCCGCAUCGGUGCGCACCAUCCUGGGCUCCGCGUGCCUCUCCAACCUGCACGACUCCUCUCACAAGAAGCGCAAGAAGGUGAUCAUGCAGGCUUUCAGCCGCGAGGCACUCCAGUGCUACGUGCCGGUGAUCGCUGAGGAAGUGGACAGCUGUCUGGAGCAGUGGCUGCGCUGCGGCGAGAGCGGACUCCUGGUCUACCCUGAAGUGAAGCGUCUCAUGUUCCGCAUCGCCAUGCGCAUCCUCCUGGGCUGCGAGCCCGGGCCGGCGGCCGGCGCCGAGGAGGAACAGCAACUGGUGGAAGCCUUCGAAGAGAUGACCCGCAAUCUCUUCUCGCUGCCCAUCGACGUGCCGUUCAGCGGGCUGUACCGGGGCGUGAAGGCGCGGAACCUCAUCCACGCGCGCAUCGAGGAGAACAUUCGCGCCAAGAUCCGUCGGCUGCAGGCUGCCGAACCCAGCGCGGGUUACAAAGACGCGUUGCAGCUCUUGAUUGAACACUCCUGGGAGAGAGGAGAGCGGCUGGACAUGCAGGCAUUGAAGCAGUCCUCAACGGAACUCCUGUUUGGUGGACAUGAAACCACGGCCAGUGCAGCGACGUCGCUGAUUACUUACCUUGGACUUUACCCACAUGUUCUCCAGAAAGUUCGAGAAGAGAUGAAGAGUAAGGGCUUACUUUGCAAGAGCAGUCAAGACAACAAGUUGGACAUGGAAAUUUUGGAGCAGCUUAAGUACACUGGGUGUGUUAUCAAGGAGACCCUUCGACUGAAUCCUCCAGUGCCAGGAGGUUUUCGGGUUGCUCUGAAAACUUUUGAGUUAAAUGGAUACCAGAUUCCCAAGGGCUGGAAUGUUAUUUACAGUAUCUGUGAUACUCACGACGUGGCCGAUAUCUUCACUAACAAGGAGGAAUUUAAUCCUGACCGCUUCACACUGCCUCAUCCAGAGGAUGCAUCCAGGUUCAGCUUCAUCCCCUUUGGAGGAGGCCUGAGGAGCUGUGUAGGAAAAGAGUUUGCAAAAAUUCUUCUCAAAAUAUUCACAGUGGAGCUGGCCAGGCACUGUGACUGGCAGCUUCUAAAUGGACCUCCUACAAUGAAAACCAGCCCCACCGUGUAUCCCGUGGACAAUCUCCCUGCAAGAUUUACCCACUUCCGGGGAGAAAUCUGAUGGGCAAAACGGCUCAAGCCUUGGACUUAUUUCAAGUGUACAUGAGUUUUUUUAUAUAGUGUUGUGUUGGCUUUAUUAUAUUUAAUUUCUAAAUGUAUAUUAUAAUAUUUAUGUGUCUCUACUAUAGUACCAUGGUCUUUAAAUAUUAAAGUAGUAAAUUUGUAUCAUUUCCAAAUAAAGCAAAAUUUGGAAGUGUU